GGACACCCAAGCACAGACAGCGGAGUGAGCAGGGAGGCAAUCCAGUACUGGGGGAACGGUCGUGUUCCCGUCCUGGGGGUGUGCAUGGGCUUGCAGUGCCUCGUCGACGCCUACGGGGGCGACAUCUCCUAUGCCGGGGAGAUCGUACACGGGAAGGCUUCUCCAGUGAGGCACGACGGCCUUGGAAUCUUCCGUGGUGUACCGCAAGACAUCCUCGCCACCCGUUACCACUCACUGGCUGCGACGCUCCCCACGUUCCCCAAGGAGCUCGCUAUCACCGCCACGACGAGCGAUUCAGGCGUCGUCAUGGGUGUCAGGCACAGGCUAUAUGCGGUCGAAGCCGUGCAGUACCACCCCGAGAGCAUUCUCUCCCAAGACGGGCAUGCCGUCCUGCGCAACUUCCUCGCGUACUCAGGCGGCAGCUGGGCCCAGAACCCAGACAGCGGCGUCAUCCCCUCCGCACCCGCACCAGCCACUGCCCAAGGGCAGAACGGGUUCGACCCCAACCCAGAGAACGCGGCGAAGAAAGGCCUUCCAAGCAUCUUGCUCAAGAUCCAGACGCAGAGACUGCUGGAUAUCGACCUAGCGAAGAAGACACCCGGUACAACCCCGCAGGACCUCGCCACGCUGUAUGCGCUGCAUCUUGCCCCGCCCCUGAUCCCCGUGCUCUCCCGCAUGCGUGCUGGUACCAAGCCCGCCAUUAUGGCUGAGAUCAAGCGUGCCUCCCCCAGCAAGGGGCAUAUCGCCGUGUCGACCUGCGCACCCGCGCAGGCCCUCGCAUAUGCCCUCGCGGGCGCGAGCGUCAUCAGCGUGCUCACCGAGCCCAAGUGGUUCCUUGGUUCGCUGCAGGACAUGCGUCUGGUUCGUGAAGCCGUUGCGCACCUGCCCAACCGCCCCGCUAUCCUCCGCAAGGACUUUAUCCUCGAUGAAUACCAGAUCCUCGAGGCCCGCCUGGCCGGUGCCGACCUGGUCCUGCUCAUCGUCGCCAUGCUCUCGCAGGAACGCCUCUCCGCUCUGUACGCAUACAGCAAGAGCCUGGGUAUGGAACCCUUGGUGGAAGUAAACAACGCCACGGAGAUGGAACGUGGCUUGGCACUGAACGCCAAGCUCAUUGGCGUGAACAACCGAAACCUGCACAACUUCGACGUCGAUAUGGGCACCACUACCCGGCUCGCAGACAUGCUCCGCGGGAGGGAAGAUGUCCUCCUCUGCGCCCUGUCUGGGAUUUCCAGCCGCAAGGACGUGGAGGUCUACAUCCAGCAAGGCGUGCAUGCUGUCCUGGUCGGGGAGAGCCUAAUGCGCGCGCAAGACCCGAAGGGGUUCAUCCGCCAUCUCCUAGGUGACCCUCAGACGCAAACGAACGACACCCCCUCCCCCCAGCCACUGGUGAAGAUCUGCGGUAUCCGAACGCCAGAAGAGGCCCUGCUCGCUGCGCACGCAGGCGCAGAUAUGCUCGGCCUCAACUUCGUACCACAGAGCAAGAGGUCCAUCGAUCUCCUCACCGCGGCCGUCAUAGCGCGCACCAUCCUCCCUCUCCGGCUGGGCCCUAGCCCCGCCCCUCUCGCCCAUGACAGCGAGGAGAAAUCAGAUAACCAGAUAACGACAGGGACUCCCUGGUUCCAGCAUACGACGUCACACAUCGCUUCCCUUCCCCGCCCGCUCCUUGUUGGCCUGUUCCAGGACGCCCCGCUCAGCAUCAUCCUGCACACGUUGGCCCACGUCCCUCUGGACCUGGUACAACUCCACGGGUCCGAGCCGGCGGGUAUGGCGCACUUCAUCCCCGUCCCAGUGAUCAAGGCGUACCACGUUGGCCCCCUAGGCGAAGGCACGGAGCACGUCGGUCGCCCUGGGCAGGAAAGUAUCGUCCUGCUAGACACUGCGCCCCGGCCGCACCCGAGCACGUCGCCGUCCAGUGCUGGGGCCGGUGCGCCUGUGGGAGCAGCUGCCGCCCCGGCGGGAGGAACGGGCGAAGCCUUUGACUGGAGUAUCGCUGCCGAAGUCGGGAAGCGCUCCGAACCGCUCGAGGGGCGCCCAAUGCCCAUCAUCCUCGCCGGAGGGCUAAAGCCGGAGAACGUCCGCCAAGCGGUGAGGCGUGUUAGGCCCUGGGCGGUCGACGUGGCCAGUGGCGUCGAAGUCGAGGGAAGGAAGGACGAGGCCGUCAUGCGCGCUUUUGUGAGUGCUGCUAAGGGGGCGUGGGAGGAGCUGCCUGCGUCUGUAGAGCCUGCUACGGUCGCCCCGGUACAAGAGGGAGUACUGAUAGACGUUGGCACCGAGGUCAUUGGCCAGCCUGUGGGAGCGACGACGGCUGCUCCGCCUGUGCCUUCCCCUGGGACGAGCGGUAUCGCUACUCCCGCCGCGGCCAACGGGUCGGUGCCGCCUUUGCCGGCUGUGAGUGCGAAGCGGGGUUUGGUCCGGCCUGAGGGCAAGUAGUAUUAUAAGUAGAGAGCUACAUAGGCUCAGUCAGAUCGGGUCAUGGGGGAAACCGUUCACAUGGGAAUUAA